CAAGUGUGGGCAUGUAGAAAAUGCAACACAUUCAUCUACUUUUAAGUCAAGAUAUAUAGGCACAAAUCUGCACAUAUAAAUGAACCCAUUGUCUUCAUUGGAUUUAUUCAAAUCAAUAGAUCUUGCAAAAGAACCAGAAAAGGCAAUAGGCUUAUUAAAAAAAAAAAAAAAACCAGAAAAGACAAAAAAAUGGAUGAACUGUUCAUGGUUUUAUUCCUUGUUUUGCUGACAACAGCAUCUAGAGUAGCAGGAAACAUGCUGGAUGAUAAAAUUUUCAUUCUUGGAGAGCUUGAAGAGCUGGACAUAGCAGAAGAAAAUGAAGUGGAAAAUUUUGAGAUCCCAUCGUGGACAAGUGAAUCAGGUGGCAAGGUUCUUGUAAAUGUGGAUAGCUAUGGUGCAACUGGUGAUGGAGAGUCUGAUGACACACAGGCUUUCAGAAAAGCAUGGGAUACAGCAUGCUCCACGCCAAAAUCAGUUUUCUUAGUUCCUCCAGGACGUCGUUAUCUGGUUAAUGCAACAAGUUUUAAGGGGCCAUGUGCAGAUAGGAUAAUAAUUCAGAUUGAUGGGACAAUAAUAGCACCAGAUGAACCCAAGAAUUGGGACCCAAAUCUUCCGCAACUCUGGCUUGAUUUUUCUAAGCUGAAAGGAGUCAUUUUCCAGGGAAAUGGAGUUAUUGAUGGUUCUGGCAGUAAGUGGUGGGCAUCCUCUUGCAAAAAGAACAAGACAAAUCCUUGCAGGGAAGCACCAUCCGCACUGACUAUAGAUUCAAGCUCUGCUGUAGGGGUGAAUGGCCUAACCAUCCAGAACAGCCAACAGAUGCAUUUUGUAAUUUCUCGGUGUGACUUUGUGCGGGUUUCACAAGUACAAGUCUCAGCUCCAGCAGACAGUCCUAACACUGAUGGGAUCCACAUAAGUGAGUCAACAAAUGUUGUUCUCCAAGAUUGCAAAAUUGGAACAGGAGAUGAUUGUAUCUCAAUAGUUAACGCUUCAUCUGCUAUCAAAAUGAAGAGAAUAUAUUGUGGCCCAGGACACGGAAUCAGCAUUGGGAGCCUUGGGAAGGACAACUCCACGGGCAUAGUGACCAGGGUGGUCUUGGAUACAGCACUUUUAAGGGAAACUACAAAUGGUGUCAGGAUUAAGACUUGGCAGGGGGGCUCUGGUUAUGUUCGUGGUGUGCGUUUUGAAAAUGUGAUGAUGGAAGAUGUUGUAAAUCCCAUCAUUAUUGAUCAAUUUUACUGUGAUUCCUCAACAGUCUGUCCAAACGAGACUUCUGCAGUACAAAUAAGCCAGAUCAUGUACCGGAACAUUAGUGGGACAACAAGAAGCCAGAAAGCAAUGACGUUUGCCUGCAGCGACACUGUCCCAUGCAGCAACAUAGUCCUGAGCAAUAUCAACUUAGAGAGGAAGGAUGGCACAGUAGAGACAUACUGCAAUUCUGCUCGAGGCUCCGGGUAUGGCAUAGUGCACCCUUCAGCAGAUUGCUUAAAAUCCCAAGACAAGGACUAUGUUGUUACCGAUCAUAGAGAAAUUGCUGAACUUGCUGAACCAACCAGGAAUGAUGAUCAUAUUGAUCACACCGAGCUCUAAGCUCCUUGUUCACAAAAAAUCAGAAACAAUCAUGCGAUAUGGUAUGUAGUAGAAGAGGUCGGAGGUAUACAAGUUAAUUUUUUAUGGGAAAUUAUGGUUGUGAUAGGAAACUACAUCAAAGCUCAAUUAUUCCGGUAUAGUUAUUGUAAGUAGAGUAUAACUAUAUGAGAAUGCUUCUCAUUACAUAUUUUUUUACUUGGUAUAAAAUGAAAGUGAUUUU